AUGUCUAUUAGUCGAUCCAAAAUGGUGAAGGACUGCUGGGGUAGCCGCCUCAUUUUCCAGGCUUCCUAUGGAUUGCGUAUGACGCCCUCGGAUAUUGAGGAGGGCAAUAGGAUCCUGGAUGCAAUGAUGGAAGACGACAGCAGUGGGGAUAUGCACGAAGACAAGAGUGAGUGA